AUGCCUGCCUUCUCCCUCCUCUCUGCGCCCAGAGCAGAUGGCGCUGCAGAAACGAGCGCUCAGCCCCCUCGAGUCGCUGCUGCGCUCGUCGAUUUUUCUAAGCAGACCAAAGCCAAUACUUCGACCGCUGCACAGUCGAACAAACGUAAGCGCAACAGCUCCGAAUCAAAACCAGCGCGGCCACCAACUCCACCCUUGACGCCCUCACCCAACGCCGAGACGUACACGUUCUCAGCAGAAACAAUCCUCUCCAUGCUCGACGACAUCAUCACAAGCGAACUGAGCUACUGGGCCCACUACAUGAGCGCGGCGGCAAACCAAACCAGCUACUCAGAAAUCACAUUCAACGACACCACGACCGAAAUCAAAAUCGCAGCACUACGCCACAUACUCGAAACUCUACCCCUGAGGUACCAAGCCCUCGCAACAGCCUACUCAGAAACGCAACUCGAGCCCAUUGAAAUUCCCGAGAAUCUCCAGACUCUGCUUCAAAACUUAGCAGAAGACCCAACGGAGGUAGAAUUGGAAGGAUGGUACGAUCAGAAAUGGUUGCAGAGAAAGAAGUUUCGAUCGGAUAUCAUGAGUAUGGACGGUGAAGUGAGACGUCUCGAAGAAGCCCGCAUGCAAGAACUCAAAGCCCUGAUGCUCAUGGUCGAAGAAAUGAAACUCGCAGCGGCGGACGGGUCGGUCGACGAUGAGGCUUUGACUCAUUUGAUUCACGCCGCGGAUGAAGUGGGACUGGGUUUGGUUACGCAGAGGAAAUCGAGAGCGGCGAGUGAGGAAUCUUGGACGCCGGGGAAAUGA